GUAAAGAUUAUGACAGAAACAAAAGACGAAGAUCCUCAGGUAAUUAUACCGUAACAAGCUUUAGCUUUGAAGUAUGGCCGAAAGCGGCUUUUUGUAUGAUUGUGGCGCUCAUCUUAUUUCUUUUGUGCAUCGCUUGUUCUGUUACGAUUACGAUAUGAUGUAGGUGUUGGUCUGCUUCUUAGGAGGGCAUCGGCUGGAAAUAGUCAUGAUCUUGUCAAUGUCUACCCCGAGGAAGUCGACACAAAAGUUUGACUCGUCAAGAGCUAAAUCAAAGAUCACGCCAGCAGAAGCAUCACGUGCCGCAAAGGGCUGAUUUUUCGAAGACGGUGGUCGCUCAAAACGAUACUGCCGCGGGAGUCCUGCAAUCGCACACCACGAAAUUGCGAUGUUUUCAGUAUGUGCGGCUGCGAGUAAAACAAAAUAAAUAAAGUUCCAUGGGUUGGCGCUCUAAUCUUCGUCUAUCAGAUCCUGCAAGAAAAUGCUGACUUCCCAUCUACUUAUACUUCGUCUGGUUUUCCUACGACUAGUUAUUGUCGGUGGUGAGAAAAGCGGCACUUCCUCGACAGCCAUACCAACACGAACCACUUCGGCGAAAGGCAGCAAAAGCAAGAGGGAACCCGUACAUUUUUCGUUGGAUGACGUAUUAACCGAGCAUCCGGCAUCACGAGAGGAUUUUGACCCCUAUUAAGGCUCUAGAAAAAAUGAAAAUUGGUGAGCAGAUGAUUGUGAUUGCUUCAGUAGCACUUGACACUUCUCUCGACGGAGUUUUUCAUUUUCUUCAACAGCAGACUUUCUUCAACAGCAGAUUUCGGAUUCUGAAGCGAAGACAGAAGAAGCUACAUUUUCACGAUAAAUGACUUUUAUUUGCGAGCUCUAACGUUACGAACACGGUCCGGCGCAUGGUGUAGUACAUUACGCAGUAAAGAGGACUUCGACAAGUAAAGACCUUAUCGAACGUGGAAAAACAGAGAAGAACUACUUCGGGAAAAACCUCGUAGCGGAGGAAGAUAAAGAAUACGCAAUUCGUAUCGGGAGAGUGAUCGAGUUAUGAUUUGGCAUGGUUCAAGUCCGUGUUUGCCUCUUCAGAAGUGUGCUAGGCCGGGAUGAGGAUUACUGUUUACUACAAAAGGUUGUGGAGUUUGAUUUUGAAGUGAUCCUGAUCGUCAUCGUUUAUUUUCAUUCUUUCUCUUCAUUCUUUGUUCUCAUUUUUUGUCCUCAUCUUCAUAACAGUAAGCAGUAUAUUAAGGCCUUCUCCCAAGAAGAAGAUACAUCCUCGUCUUUAAGUUUGGAGUUAGAGGCCGAGUGUGGCAGUCGACGCAUUGGACUGACUCUCGGAGAGCAGAAGGGACAAGCACUAGAAGACGCUUCUGCUGAACGGUUACACGUAGAACAAGCUUUGCGCCUGGAGAGCGUACUACCCGUAGCCGCGAACCAGAAAGACUCUAGUAUCUCGAAUACGAAGAGUGAAGAGACGAGUACCACUAUCAUAACGAACACGACAUGCUUGGACGAGAAUUGGGAUUUCAACAUCCUUGAAUUCGGUUCACACAUCGGUGACGGAACAUUACGCUUAUUGCGGCCAUUGGUGGAGCGUCUUUUCACGUCCUCAUCUGCAGGGAGGGAUACGAGUUUCCCGACCGCGGCGGCGAAGCAAUCCACAUCAUCCAAGUCCGAUCUUCAACGGAAGGUCAAGAUAAUCGCUAAGAAUACGUUUCCCAACCGAGUCAAUGUGCUGUCCACGGAAGAAAACAUGAGUUGGCAAACGGAAGGUGCGAAACUAGUGCGGCAUGCAUUGAACUUUGAGGAUCCGGGAAAAACGUAUACUGUGACCAUACUUUUUGAUGUAGUAGUCCGUCGUAGAUGUGGCUGUAGAAAUGAAAAAUGUUGAUCGUAGUGUAGUCCGUUUUUAUGAAAUAAUUAAUGAUAAUUCUUGUGGUAGACGAUGAGCUUUCAUCUUUCUACCAACAUCUUCAUGGGAUGAACCUUAUUCUUCCUUCAUCAGUUUUCCGACCUGCUCCUCUCUCACAUUGGAGAAGGGCAGGAGCAAAGGCAAGAACGCGCAGCGGCCUCUCGCAGACUUUGUGCACUAUUCUGCCCUGCACUUCUCUGGUGAGGAGGAUUUUCAGAGUAUAGUGCCCGCCUUGCAGAGUCACGUGGACGGAGGACGAUUUGAUAUUGUGAUGCUCGAUCACGAGUAUCCCGAACGUUUUGUCGAUGAUGUCGAGGACCUCGUUUUCGCCGACGCCCUCAACGACGGCUGCCUCGUCAUAGUCGACAACAUGCUGCGCAAGGCGGACACUCUCGAGCCACUGCGGCGAUAUCUCGAACAUGGCUCCGGGUUUAUGGCGGACCUGAAGAAGCAAGACAAGAAAGCGAGGUGGUGGUUUGCCGACAGAGAGGUGGUAGAAAUUCAUGUCCCCUACCGCGACCGCCUUUGGAUAAACAAAUUCGACAGACAAGCGUGGAUAAAGCUCAGAGAGACAUACGAAACAUCCGGCAAGAAGCGGAGACGCAGAGGCGGCCAUGACGAGCUGUAAGAAUCUUCAUAUUUCAUUGAAGUUGAUCUUCUACGCUUUUAAGACCGCAGCUGACACUCAACGAAUGCAGCCUCUACUUGGAUCGUCGACUCACAACCUAGUUGAUGUGCGAUAAUGAUCAAGCGUGAAACAGUUUGGUGCUACAUCUUGACGAACAAAACAGUCCUCCUGUCUGCAGAAAUAUUACUAGCGCUUUGUCCGUCCUCUAAGUGCCGUGAAUCGUAAUGAUCUUAAAGGGGCUGCUCUUGUGAUCAAGAAUAUGUUCGACUCGAUUCAAUCCCGAAACAAGG